UGAAACACGUUUAAACUAUGUUCCCACUUCUGAGUCGAUUGAGAUGACUUCAAAUUCAAAGAAAGUCACUGCUAUCAACUUUUUUUCUUGCCUAGGGUUCAUUAACGUGUACUUAAUAAACUGCGCAUGAGUAAUUCAUUGCUAAUAGUUUAUUGGAAAGUAAUAAAAAAUGGUUCCAUGGUUGGCUCUAAUGAAGCUUCAACCACCUAAUAAAGUUCCAAUAACUCUCCUUUCAUGAUGAACACAACACCGAAGAUUUAAAAACUGCAAAGUUUUUCUGCAACCUUUUCAAAAUGUCUUCUCUAAGAUCCACCAUGUCAAACGAUCAUUCCAAAUCAACCUUCGAUGAACAUCGAUGGGUGAUUCACAUCCGCAAAACCCUAGAAGAAGAGCUCGAGGAAGACGGUGGUGAAUUUGCAGUAUCCAUCUUCAGUGUGCCCAAGCUUCUCAUGGCAAGUGAUCCUGAUUCUUACGUCCCGCAACAGGUUGCGAUUGGUCCUUACCAUUAUUGGCGUCCCGAGCUAUACGAGAUGCAAAGGUACAAGCUUGCAGCAGCAAAAAGAUUCCAGAAACAUCUCCAAAGCUGCAACUUGGAUACCCUAAUCGAUCAAUUGACCAAGUUGGAGCAAAGGGUUCGAUCGUGCUACCACAAGUUCCUGGAUUUCAACGGGGAAACACUGGUGUGGAUGAUGGCGGUUGAUGCGUCGUUCUUGCUCGAGUUUCUUCAGGUUUAUGCCAUGCAGGAAGGAGCGAAGGUGCAGAGGGUUUCCUCCAGCAUGUCGCAUUUGGUGGACUAUGCUGGGAAGAAAUCAGCUCACAAUGCAAUUUUGAGGGACAUUGUGAUGCUCGAGAAUCAAAUCCCGUUGUUCGUGUUAAGAAAGAUGCUGGAGUUCAAAUUCUCGUCGCUGGAAUCUGCUGAUGAAAUGCUGAGCAUGAUGUUCAUAGGGUUGUUCAAAGAGAUUUCUCCUUUUAAAAUGAUGGAGGAGUAUCCAAACAUUCAGGUCUCAGAGAGCGUGCAUCUGCUAGAUUUCUUGUACGAUGUGAUAGUGCCGAAGUUGGAACAGCAACCAGACACAAUCGAAGGUGAGGUUCAAGAAGAAGAAGAAGAACAAAAACAUGAAAAUGAAGAAAAAAGCUCAGAUUAUUCCAGCCAUGUUAAGCAAUUCUUCAGUGAAAUAUGGAAGCUUCUUUCGAAGUUAAACAAAGGGCCAGUGAAGUUAAUAAAGAAGGUAAUUUUAUCUAAACCUCUCAAAGUGUUUGUUCAGUUGCCAUGGAAAAUCGUGUCCAAUGUUCCAGGACUGAAGCUUCUGAAGCAACCGGUUGAAUAUUUCUUCUUCUCUCAAGAAAGUGCGAGUUCAAGAUCCUUCAAAAGUCUCAUGAACAAGCUACCCUCGGUGGAGGAAAUCACCAUUCCUUCUGUCACAGAGCUCUUGAAUUGUGGUGUUCGUUUUGCAGCGACCACCGGAAGCGUAUCAAACAUCAAUUUUGACGGCAAAACGCGAACUUUUUACCUUCCCAGAAUUGGUUUGGACGUGAACAGUGGGGUUUUUCUGAGAAACUUGGUGGCGUAUGAAGCAUCGGUUGCAUCGGGGACGUUGGUAAUAACCCGUUACACUGAGUUGAUGAACGGGAUCGUAGACUCGGAGGAAGAUGCGAGGGUUCUGAGAGAAAAAGGGAUCAUUGUGAACCAUUUGAAGAGUGAUGAAGAGGUGGCGAAGCUGUGGAAUGGAAUGAGCAAGUCGUUGAGAGUGUCGAGGGUGAGAGAAUUGGACAAGGUGAUUGAGGAUGUUAACAAGUAUUAUAACUGUAGAUUGAAGGUUAAGGUUGUGAAGUUCAUGAAGAGUUAUGUGUUUAGUUCAUGGCAGUUUUUGACUUUUCUUGCUGCCAUUUGCCUCUUGCUCUUGAUGGCUCUGCAAGCUUUCUGCUCUGUCUACACUUGCAGUCGUCUUUUUCGAUCUGCACUGAAUUCCACUGAUUUGUCUUCUCUGAAAUCAGUUAUGUCUAUCGAUUCAAAGUCUAACUUUGAUGAGAUCCAAUGGAUCAUCCAAAUCCGUAGAACCCUAGAAGAAGAACUUGAUGAAGAUGGUGAAUUCCCAGUGUCCAUUUUCAGCGUUCCAAAGCUCCUUAAAGCAUGUGAUCCAGAUUCAUACAUUCCUCAACAAGUUGCUCUUGGUCCAUACCAUUAUUGGCGUUCAGAACUGUACGAGAUGCAGAUACACAAGCUUGCAGCAGCAAAAAGGUUCCUGAAGCAAUUACAAAACCCUAACCUGGAUAAUCUCAUCAACCAAUUAUCCAAGUUGGAGCAAAGGAUUCGAGCAUGCCACCACAAGUUCUUGGAUUUCAACGGGGAAACAUUGGUGCUGAUGAUGGCAGUUGAUGCCUCGUUUUUGCUCGAGUUCCUCCAAGAUCGUACAAAAAUGGCAGUCAAAUCAUCUCAUCACAACGCAGUUUUGAGGGAUGUUGUGAUGCUUGAGAAUCAAAUACCAUUGUUUGUGCUGAGAAAGAUGUUGGAGCUCAAAUUCUCAUCGCUGGAAGCAGCAGAUGAAGUGUUGAUCUCGAUGAUCAUUGCCUUGUUCAAAGAGAUUUCUCCUUUCAAGAUCGUGGAAGAAGAAUAUCAGAACACUGUUCAAGUCUCAAAGAGAGCACAUCUUCUAGAUUUCUUAUAUCACAUGAUUGUUCUUGUUCCGGAGAUGUUGUUGGAACGAGAAGAUACAAUUGAAGCUGAGCUUGAAGAAGAAGAAGAAAACGAAGAAUCAAACACUGAUUCCAGACAAGUUAAUAAGAAACUCUUCACAGAACUGUGGAAGCAGCUUUCAAAUUUCAACAUGGGGCCAGUGAAUGUAAUAAAGAAGGUACUUUUAUCUAACCCUAUGAAAGUCUUCGUUAAGUUGCCAUGGAAAAUCAUGAAACAAUACAUAUUUAGCUCUCAAAACGAAGAAGAAAGUGUGAGUUCAAGAUCCUCCAAAAGUCUCAUGAACAAGCAACCCUUGAUAGAGGAAAUCACCAUUCCUUCAGUCACAGAACUCGUGAAUUCUGGUGUUCGUUUCUUACCCACCAACAGCAUAUCAAACAUCAGUUUUAACGAAAAAACAUGCAUGUUUUACCUUCCCACGGUUUGUUUGGACGCUAAUACUAAAGUUUUCCUGAAAAAUUUGGUUGCAUACGAAGCAUCGGUUGCAUCAGGGCCACUGGUAAUAACCCGUUUCACUGAGUUGAUGAACGGGAUUAUAGAUUCUGAGGAAGAUGCAAGAAUUCUGAGAGAAAAAGGGAUCAUUCGGAACCAUUUGAAGAGUGAUGAAGAAGUGGCUGAUAUGUGGAAUGGGAUGAGCAAAUCAUUGAGAUUAUCGAAGGAAGCAUUGCUGGAUAAGGUGAUUGAAGAUGUUAACAAGUAUUAUAACUGUAGAUUGAAGGUUAAAGUCGUGAAGUUGAUGACGACUUACGUGUUUAGUUCAUGGAAGGUUCUUACGUUCCUUGCCACCAUCUUGCUCUUGCUCUUGAUGACCUUGCAAGCCUUUUGCUCUGUAUAUAGUUGUAAAUACAAUUUUAGUAACACUUCACAGUGA